AUGUCUCCAUCUGUUAAAGGAAAGGUAUCCCGUAAUUACACAACUCUUGCUUGCGAAAAUUGUAAAAAAUCAAAAACUCGAUGUGUGCAAUCUUUUGAUGCUAUGACUAUCAUCAAUUCAAACGAUAAAGAAACGAAAAUGGAAAUUUAUGAAACGAAGAUGGAUAUGGGAGAAAAAGAUAAUAAAUUGAAUUCUAAUAUUCAAGAAACAGGCAACCAAUGUAAUCCACAUAUAAUUUCUCCUACCUUCACAUCUAAUCCAAAUCUUAAUAAAAAUCUCAAUAAAAACCAUAUCACGGAGAGACCACGUUGUUCAAGGUGUAAUAGACGUAAUCUCAAUUGCAAGUAUGUCCCUCCUAUAAAAAAACGAGGACCAAAGACAAGAAAUUCAAAAAUGUCAGUGGAAAAUCUUGUUACCAGAGAUAAUGUUUCUGUUUGA